ACUACCAGUCUUUCGCUUCUCUCGUGCUCUGAUGCAGUUGCAAUUUUUCGUAGAAAGGAAAAAGCGAUUAACCGAACGAGUUUAUCACAGUUAUAAUCUGGAAGGAGUAGCGAAAAACAAAGCUGGAGCCUGUACAGGAUUCCCAGUCCCUGAAGGCUCCUGUCAGCAACAACCUCCAGAUCCGGUAUCGAUCUCCAUCGUCCGCCGAACUCUCCCUCAUCGACGGCCAUUCCCCACCGUCCGAUCAUCAGCAGGAUAAGAUGAAGCGGUCUCGGCAGGAACCUUUCACCGACAAGAUCUACCGCUUCAGGGGCAUAAUUCUUGUAAUCUCCAUCCCUCUCCUUCUCAUCUCCUUCGUCCUCUUCCUCAUGCCGCGUGUUCCCGACGGCGGCGAUGCCGUUCUCUCUGCCGACGGUGAUCUGAUUGGACACCGCAAGGCCGUGCCGGACAGAAGGGCGUCGCAUGGUUCCAAGAGCUACGCUGUCAUCUUCGAUGCCGGAAGCUCUGGGAGUCGGGUCCAUGUCUACUGCUUCGACGAGAACUUGGAUCUCCUUCCGAUCGGUAAAGAGCUUGAGCUCUUCAAGCAGGUAAAAAAAAGUUUGAGUUCAUUUGCGAGUGACCCCCAAGAAGCUGCAAAUUCGCUCAGUUCUCUUUUGGGGGAAGCUGAAAAUGUGGUUCCACCAGCAUUGCGUCAUCAAACGCCAGUUAAAGUUGGGGCGACUGCAGGGUUGAGGCAGUUGGAAGGCAACACAGCUGAUAGGAUUUUGCAAGCGGUCAGGGAUUUUCUUGACGAAAAGAGCUCUUUCAAAUUCAAAUCAGACUGGGUCACUGUUCUGGAUGGAACUCAGGAAGGUGCCUUUCAGUGGGUUACUAUAAACUAUCUGUUGGGGAAAUUGGGAAAAAAAUACUCAAAUACAGUUGGGGUAGUUGAUCUUGGAGGUGGGUCAGUCCAAAUGGCGUAUGCUAUCUCAGAAAAGGAUGCUGCAAAGGCCCCAAAAACAGCAGAUGGGGAGGAUUCAUAUGUGAAGGAACUCUUUCUUAAGGGAACAAGAUAUUACCUAUAUGUUCACAGUUACUUGCACUAUGGUUUACUAGCAGCUCGAGCUGAGAUUUUGAAGGAAGGGGAGGGCCAUGGUAAUCCAUGCAUUUUGAGCGGUUAUCAUGAGGCGUACAAUUAUGGUGGAUCCAAAUAUGAUGCUUCGGCUAUGGAUUCAGGCGCCGACUUCAUCAAGUGCAGGAGGGCUGCUGUUAAGGCUCUCAAAGUUAACGACUCAACAUGCACACACAUGAAGUGCACAUUCGGGGGUGUAUGGAAUGGCGGUGGUGGGGACGGACAGAAAAGUCUAUUUGUUGCUUCCUUUUUCUUUGACAGGGCUGCUGAGGCUGGUUUUAUAGAUCCCAAGGAGCCUGUUGCCAAAGUUAAGCCGUCGGACUUUAAGGAUGCAGCAAAACGUGCUUGUGAAUCAAGUCUCAAGGAUGCCAAGGGUACAUAUCCAAAUGUUGAGCCAGGAAACUUGCCAUACAUAUGCAUGGACCUUGUGUAUCAGUACACAUUGCUCAUUGAUGGGUUUGGCUUGGAUCCAUGGCAGGAGAUCACGUUGGUGAAGAAAUUGAAGUACGGAAAUUCCCUGGUCGAAGCGGCAUGGCCUUUAGGCAGUGCAAUUGAGGUCGCUUCAUCAUUAUAGCACAAUCCAUGGAAUUAAGCAUCUAUGCCCAUAGGGCAAUUUUGUUGCAUUUACGUGGCGUUAGUAAUGAUGGUCCUGGGCAUGACUUUUUCCUUGCUGAAUAAUGCCCAGAAGGCUUGAAGCACUCCUUUCCAUCUGCAAUUCAAAAAUCAGAUUGAACUUCGCCUUGAAGAGACUGCAUCAUCGUGUGAGCGCAGGUCUUUCUGUAACUUUGUGAUGCAGAAAAUAUAGGGAGUUGAUUGAUCUGCGUAAAAGUUAUGUGAUCGGGCUACUUUCUAUGAGAGGCAGCUGCUCAAAGAGACUGAGAUUGAUUACCCAUUGUCAUUUUUAUCCUCUAAUGUGUGAACAUGAUUUCUCACAACAUCAUUUCCAGAUGAAUCUUACACAGUUCGAAAUAUUCUUUCUGAAAUUGUGAUAGCAUUAAAGGACCUUCUUCCUUUUUUUAUUGAACUUGGCCUUGAAGAGAGACUGUAUCGUUGCGUUGGAUUUUUGUUAUGCAGACAAUGUAGGGAGCCGAUCUAUCUUCGUAAAAAUUGUGAUUGUGCUAUUUUCUAUGAGAGGCGGCUGCUCGAAGAGAAUCAGAUUGAUUACCAAUUGUCAUUUUUUUUAAAAGACAGAAAACAGAUUCUUAUUAAUUCAAUUCUCAAUGUUAUCAUCCAA